AGGCGAGUAACGGAGGGAAGCGUCCCAUCCGGUUCAGCAGACAAGAAGACAGUGCGGACAAGGAUAAAAUGUACUUUUAACUAAAACAUGAACAACUUGAUGCUGUUGCCUCUCUUGUGCCACGUUGCAUUUCCAGUGAAGCACUCUGUGAAAUACAUGCUCACUUCGUCCUACGGAGUCAGAAGCAUCCCAGAGUUUGUGGCCGUCGCAGUGGUUGAUGAAGUUCAGAUUGGUUACUGUGACAGCAGCAGACUCGUACCACAGGCAAAAAUGGACUGGAUGGAAAAAUUAAUGAAAGACAAUCCUCAGCACUUGGAGUGGUACACUGGCAAGUGUUUGGGUAACCAGCACAGCUUCAAGGAUUCCACUGAGAGUUUGAUGCAGCGUUUAAACCAAACUGGAGGCGUCCACAUUUUCCAGAGAUUGAGUGGUUGUGAGUGGGAUGAUGAGACCGGAGAGGUCAAUGGUUUAAUGCAGUACGGUUAUGAUGGAGAAGACUUCAUAUCAUUGGACCUGAAGACGCUGACAUGGAUUGCUCCGAACCCGCAGGCUUUCGUCAUUAAACUGAGAUGGGAUGCUGAGAAAGCUGGAAUCACAUACAAUGAGAAUUACCUCACUCGGAUUUGUCCUGCGUUCCUGAAGAAGUAUUUGGCCUAUGGGAAGAGGUUUCUACAGAGAACAGAGCUCCCCUCAGUGUCUCUCCUCCAGAAGACUCCCUCCUCUCCAGUCAGCUGCCACGCUUCAGGUUUCUACCCUGACAGAGCCUCACUCAUCUGGAGGAAAGAUGGAGAGGAGCUUCACGAGGGCGUGGACCUCGGAGAGAUCCUCCCCAACCAUGAUGGAACCUUCCAGAUGAGCGCUGACCUGAAACCUUCAGCGUCUGAAGGCUGGGGGAAGUACGAAUGUGUGUUUCAUCUCUCUGGUGUGAAGGACGAUGUCGUCACCAGACUGGACAAAGCAGAGAUCAGGAGCAAUGAAAAGAGGCCUUCUGACAUGACUGUUCCCAUCACUGCUGGAGUGGCUGUUCUGGUCGCCGUCCUGAUGGCUGCUGCUGCGUUCAUCGUUUAUAGGAAGAAGAAAGCCAAAUUCCCUCAAUGCCCUCCUGACAACAGCUCUGAGCUCGCGGAGAGACUGAAUCCAGACACCUGAUUUACAAGCACAUUUGUUUUUAUUGGCUCUCUUGUGUGACAUACACUUCAGUGUUUAGAGCUUGAAGUGCCUCACUUGGAGAAAAAAAAACACAGCAGAGCGUCUUUCAUCCACUCUGGCAGCAACACACAUAUGUACAAGAGAAGUGAGGAAAUAUGUUUUUAGGGCCUUUAAGUACGGUGGCCGACAAGAUCAAACGUGCUGCAAAAGCCCAGCUUCAGCCAUGCCAAUUCCAAAACAAAAACAACGAAAAUGUGCUGCAAAUGAAAAAAAAUGCGCAGCAGAAAGACAAAACAAAUACGUUAAAAGCAACAACGAUGCAAAUACAGAAGCAGUGCAAAGUCAAAAACACACAAACUCCGAAAACAAAUGCAAGAGAGAAACGCUGCUUUUCUCAGAUACACGACUUUCUGUGCGAGUUAGUGAUGUGAGAUCAGCAACAAGAGUUCAACUUAAAGCUGAAAUGUUUAAGAUUUUAUGUUUCAUUGGUAAUAGACCUCUGCUAAUGGUGACAGCAAGAGGACUCCAAACUCCCGACCUAAUUACACAGCAGCUGCAGCCAGAGGCUGCUUUCUGGAUCGUCUGUUGCAUUUUUGUGAGCGAAAUAUCUCAGGAACACCUGGAGGGAGUUUCUUCAAAUUUAGCACAAAUGUUCACUUGAACUCAAGGAUGAACUGAUAAGAUUUUGGGGGUCAAAGGUCACUGUGACCACACAAAGCACAUAUUUGGCCAUGGCUCAAGAAUUCAUACGCUGGUUAGGAAACAAUUUCCUCCCCAUCAGAAAGACUCUGCCUCUCUGGGCUCUUUUUAUACCCAAUCAUGUCCCUCACCUGUUGCCAGUUAACUUAAUUACCUGUGAGAUGUUUCAACAGGUGUUUUCUGUUUGCAUUCUCCAGCCUUUUGUUGCCACUGUUCUAUCUUUUUUUUAUAUGUGUUACCCGCAACAUAUUCUAAAUGAGGAUUCAUCUCUCAGUUUCAACAUUUAAUGUGUUGUCUUUGUGCUAUUUUCGAUUAAAGAUGGAGUUUUAAUACACAGUGCCCCUACUUUUUUGGAAAUGGGGUUCUACUAAGUCUUGUACCUUUUCAUUUUUUUGCAUUAUUGAAGCAGUUUCUUGUUGUUCAUACUGAUAAUUUAACUGGGAGAGUUUUCACAUUCUUUAUGAGAGAAGAUGAUUAAUUUGCAGGUGACUGGUUCACAUGAUGAACUCUGGUGUUUCAUCAUUUUUAUGCCUUCGUGCUGGUAAAAAGCUGUGGUCAGAGGCGUUAUGUUUUCGGGUUGUCUGCACAUCCGUCCAUCUGCCUGUACAAUCGCUCUCAUGGAAUGAAGGUUGAACUGAUUAGUUAUUUAUUUAUUUUUUUUUAACCAUAACUUAAGAAUUCAUCUGCAAAUUAUGACAAAAUUUCCCUCAACGUCUCAGAGGAUAAAAUGAUGACCUGAUGACAUUUUCUAUCCAAACAGUCAAAGGUCAGCUUCACUGUUACAUCAUGACGUUCUGCAGAAACACUUUUCUGCCACGGCAUCUGCCACUGUCUGUGGCAGCUUCCACGGGCGUGCUGCGGCAAAUGGGGCAGCAGCCACAACAAAUGCUGGUCCUGAGUGUUUUUCCCCAAUACAUUUAGUGAUAUGAUUGGGCUGCGGGAUUAAUUAAUGAUGAUGAUGAUUGAUUAAUGCUGCCACGCACAGGCACCUACGUGUGUUUAUUUGUGCCCAAAAAGUGAAUUAGUGUGUAUAUAAUAGCAUUAAUUAAGCAAUCAAUUUUUUUUUUAUUAAAUGUGACUAUAUGUAAUUAAGUUUAAUUCAGAAAGUUUGUUGUUUACGUGCUGUGUACUGUUUUUUAAAACUAUGACCAAUAUAAUAUACAUGAAAGUGCAUAAUUUGUUUCCGCCUAUGGCCUGAAAAAAAUUAAUUUUUUAAAAUCACAAUGAAUCUCAAUUGAAUCGGGUGAAAGUGCGGGUUCUGAGUGUUUUUCCCCUAUUCAGUGAUGUGAUUAAGCUGCAGGAUUAAUUUAUGAUCAACGCUGCCACACGCACACGCACACACACACACACACAUAUAUAUAUAUCUAUAUCUAUAUAUAUAAAUUAAUCACGCCAUACACCUCUCUGUUUUUCAUACCUUGAUUAGUUUCCAAGAAAUAAACUGCAUCUUUGAGAUGCUUUUUUAUAAUGUGAUCCUUGUUUGCCAGGGCGUUGAUUUUCCAGUUGAUACCCUCCAGGGACAUGCGCGAGGUUUGCAAAAAUUCGGCAUAUUGUCUGACUUCACUCACAUAAUGUAUUUCGAACUACCUAGAGCAUACAGUCAUAUAGGCUAAUCAUCUUGAAAAUAACCAAUCAACUGAUCCAUCAGAACUAAGAAUUCAAUUGUCAGAAGUAACGGAGAAAGACAAAUCUGGCAACCAGUGACAUAUUGAUGUUUUUUUUUAUUUAGCACCACAUAUAGUAACUCACCCUCUCUCUAAAAAUCGUGAUAACAUGAUAAAAACGCCUGGUUAAAGCAUAAAAAUAACUCCAUAGUCCAUAUUUCUUGCCCAACUAGCUCUCUGUGAAAUCCAUACUCACAACUAAUGACAACCUUUUCAUUAAGCUCCUGAGCUUUGUGUGGUUAUGUCUGUAUCUUGUCCCUUUGUGUCGAAACCAAACAACUCCCACGUAACUGGGUUGGACCAGUGGACUGACAGGUUUUUUCUUUUUUACUUUUUUUGCACUCCAUACACAAAGCACAUACUUUCUUAUUCUAGUUUCUACACGCUGUGCAGCCUGGCUCUGAUACUGCAGCGUAUGAUUUGAAAUAAAAUCAAUGCAAUGUCUUUAUCUGUCUGCUGUGGCUCAGUUGGAUUUGCUGAUUUGGCAUCAUUUAUCACGUUCAAGUGAUGGGUUGUGCUCACCGUCUAUUGCUCAUCAAGCCAUUAAAAGAAAUAGAAUACUCAAUAUCAUUCAGCAGCUGCUAAAAUCCUCUCUCUAUAUACAUUUCUUGUUCAUGUAGUGUUAUUGUCUGCCAGCGUAUCUUUGCACUCUCACCCACUUAAUCACCUCAUUUUGUUCCAUCUGGAAAUAUAGUUCUAAAUUGUAGCUACAGUUGAAUUGAUGAAUGUUAAAAUGCAGGUACAUCUGCAAACACGUAUGCUGACAUAGAUUUCAAACCUUAAGGUACCCCACCCUGCUGGCAAUGCUGUGCUUUGCCUCAAUAUCUUGUUUUGUGUGUUCUGAUAUUAGGGAACCAUCACAAUCUUAACAAAUUAAGAUAAUAAAAUUAAAAUCUAGCUCGCUGGUGUAGAUAUUGGUCACUUAAUGACUGUUUAGCAGUCUGCAGUAUCAAGGUUUCUCUGUACUUUUCUUAACCACAAAUAUUUGCUAGGCAGGGUGCCACAAAGGGUGGAAUGUGUCAGUGCAAGGGAGUGUCUCCGACGUGCUUCUUUAUUUAAGCCCUUGCAGGCUGUCUUCUCUUCACUGUGUGGACUCACGUCUGGAAUCCAGGUACUUGCAUCAUUGAGGCUGCCUUACCUUCUGAAAUCUCGACACUCUGAAAAUGGACCAACCAAGCUCUUUGGAAAUGGCUGUGGUCGCAAUGUUGGGUACCUUCUGUUCAAAAAGAGGAGUGGAGGAAAAACUGACCAAAGAGAGGUUUAAAGAAUUAGUGAAAGACGAACUGCCUCAUUUCAGCGGAAACACAGAGGAAGUAUUCAAGCGGGUGGACCUGAACUCGGAUGGGUUUGUGGAUUUCCCGGAGUUUUGCUUAAUGGUUGCCUGUUAUGCCAUGCAAAGCUAUGAUGUCUUGCAAGAAAUGAUGAUAUCUGAGCAACAGAAACAAUAAUGAACGUGUAAAACUGCAAAUAAAGACAUCUGACCUAUGUGGCUUCAUAUUACAAUAUGACAACAAUAAAAGUCUUCUGUUCCAA